CCUUAAGUGAGAACAUUAAAACUAGUUAUUCUCGUUCAUGAUGUCUAUCGAUAACGUACUGGUGUUAUGAAUGUUGAUUUGUUGUGAAUUGAAGCUCAUUUGAAGUAUAAUUAUUGAUUUAAAGCUGGAAACAGACAGUCGACAAUCAUCUUGAACUUGUACAUCAAUGAUUAAAGAAUGGAUUUUGAAAGUGUUGCAGUUCAUGUAUUAAUUCUAUUAAAUACUCAAAUAAGUUAUACACAUAGUUCAGUCUCUUGGAAUAUGACCACGUAUCCUGCUAUAUUUGGACGGGAUGUUAUGCUAACAUGUUAUACAUUUCACCCAUUGCAAAACUCCAAAGAUUGUCCUGUUCGGCAAUGGUCAGGAGGAACUUAUGGUCGAGGACUAAUGUACAAUGGGUUUUCUUCGAAUGAGGAGAAAUACGAAGAGAAUGUUAACCUGUUGUCAACUCAGUUUUCACUGAUUAUUAAAAACUUUUCCAUCACAGACAUAAAUGUUAACUAUACAUGCUCGUGUGGAUUUUACGCCAACACACGCACAUUACAACUUGACGAAAAGCGGUUUCAAUAUUUACCAGAUGCAGCUAAUGCUUCUAUAACAUCAUAUAACGAUACAUUGAAAAUCAAGAUACAAAUAAGAAAAGUAUAUCCAUUGCCUAAUUGCUCAGUUUACAUUGGGAAUCGUGUGGUGGAAAAUAAAGUUCGAUUGAAUUCCACAAAAACUGGACUUUUCUACCGUGUGAGCUUUGUGGCAGAAUAUAAGCUGCGGAAUGAAGAUUGCAAUAAGCAACCAAGACUACAAUGUGGCUUUUUAAAAGAACAGAUUACAUUUGAAGGAAACGUUACACCUAGAUGUCCAGAUUUUUCAACGGAAAGAAGUGUUGAUGAGAAUACUUCGCAUACAGUAGAACGUGUUAACAAAAAGUCCUCUGCAAAUUAUGAAAUACCUCUCGUAAUAGCUGGAUGUUUAUUAUUAGUAGUUUUGGGCAUUUUAGUAGUUCGUGCACGGAAACAUAUAAAGACAAUAAUUGGGAAAAUGUGUAAAACGUCAAAAGAAUUUGAAAAUCCAGACCACGAGACGAACGUAUCUUUAGUCAACAAAAUAUAAAAUAUAAAGCUUUAACAGUAUCUAUCUUUUGUUAAUCAUGUAUUCGAAAGUGCAUAUAUAAAUACUUACUAAGAGCGUACAAUGCAAACAAUUAUACAUCCCAUCAUUGUGUAAAUGUGCUAUCAAUUUUUUGUAUUCCUGUCUUUCAUUUUUGAUAAUGUGCUGUCCUAAGUCAGGAAUCUGAUGUACAGUAUUUGUCGUUUGUUUAUGUAAUAUAUACGUGUUUCUCGUUUCUCGUUUUGUUUAUAUAGAUAAGACCGUUGGUUUUCGCGUUUGAAUGGUUUUACACUAGUAAUUUUGGUGCCCUUUAUAGCUUCUUGUUCGGUGUGAGCCAAGGCUCCGUGUUGAAGGCCGUACUUUAACCUAUAAUGAUUUUAAAUUGUUACUUGGAUGGAGAGUUGUCUCAUUGGCACUCACACCACAUCUUCCUAUUUCUAUUUGUAUAUUAUAUAUGCCUUUUUGUACACCUGAGUUACACAUUUGUAUUUUUUGCAGUGAUUAGGAUUAUAACACAAUGUUGUCUGUUGUACCCCUAUUUUGAAAAUUGACCUAGUAUGUGUUUUUUUUUCUUCACAUCUCGUUGUCAAUAUAAAGGAAUUGGAUGCGGUUGUCAUACAAGGAAGAUGUUUAGUUAGCUAUUAAACAAGUUCACCAUUAUCUACAUAAACAAAUGCUGUAUAUGUGAACUAAAAAUCGCAGAUGUUUUGUUGAAGAAUUAUAAGGAUUAAACACAUUUUUCCUUUGGACUUUUGUUUGGGAGUUAAUCGCACCGGUUUACACAUGAAUAACCUUUAGAAAAGAAUGUGUUUAAUUCUAUAAUAAACCAUUAAAAUACAAAAAGAAUCUUCAUGUUUUCAAACCAGUUGGCCUUAUUCGUUUCCAUUCAUGAUAGUUUAUAGUCUUUCUUUUAUCUACUUUUUGAAAAACGUUCCUUUGAUAACGGAUGAACUUUACUUUUUAUCAUUUCAUUUUAUAAGUCUACAAAACAGCUUGAAAAUAAAUACACAUAUUACUUAUUUUGAUUUCUUAAAUGUUUUGUUGAUUUUGAUAUGGAGGUGUCUUACUGACUUAAAAAAAGUUAAAGCUUGUGUUCACUAUUGCAAAUGAAAAUGAUUUUAUUGGUUUUAGAAAAAGAAAAUGUGUAGGGCAGGUGUGCGUUAUUUUGAAAAUUGUACGAUAUAUAUUGGCGUGUCACAGAUAUAUAGAUGGGUUUCUACUGUAGAUAUUUUGAGCCUUCUUAUAUUCUUUGUAAUUGUUUUAUCUGUUACGUACGCGAAUUCAUGUUACCAUGUUUAGUUCUAGGAGCAAUAUUCAGUAUAUUUAGAUAAAUUUCACGCGUUUGGUUUUUGUUUCUGUAAUGUUUUUUUUUACAAUUAAAGACUGAUAGAAAAUAACUUAUUACCAGU